AUGGAUCAAAAUUUACAGUACAAGUCAUUAACAUCAAAAAUACGACGAAACAAUAAUUAUAAUCUCGAAACAAUUGAUCCAAUUCCACCAACGAUAUUAACUUUUGAAUUUGAAAAUGUUUACGUAUCAGGUUUGAAACUGAAACAAAAGAUUAAAGAAUCAGAUAUCGAAAAUUUCAAGAAAAUAGAAUGUGAAUUUUAUCAAUUAAAUAGAGGUGGAGAAUUAACGUGGCAUGGUAAAGGUCAAUUAGUUACAUAUUUAGUGUUGAACCUAAAAGAUUUUGCAAAACUAUCACCAAAAUGUUAUGUCAACAACGUGCUUUUAAAACCAUUACAGAAUGUUUUAAAGAAUGAGUUCAAACUAGAGACAAAUUUGAAUGAUUUAAACCCUGGAAUAUUUUAUAAAAAUGAUAAAAUUGCAAGUAUUGGAGUUAGAAUUCGUCAUGGUGUCACUGAAUAUGGUACUUCAUUAAAUUUAAACCCUGACUUGAAGUACCUAAAUACCUUUGAAAUGUGUGGUAUAAAAGAUGGCAAACAAACUUCUUUAGUGAAUAUAUUACGCGAUAAGAAAGAUAUCGCUGACGACUUGAAUAUAGAGAAAAUGUCUGAUUUAUACGUGAAGCAAAUUGCUGACGUUUUGAGCCUAGUUGUUGAAAAGACAAUUUUAUAG